AUGCCGGAAAGUUUCAAUCCGAUCAGCCGGCAGUUCAACCUCUCCGCGUCGGGAGAUAGAGACGUGCCCAUGGUUUUGUUGAACGACGACAACUAUGACGAGGUGUCAACUCCUGUCAGACAUCGCACGGGAACUAUUGGCAGCGAUAACUUUAAUGACAAAGGUGCCAAUCUUCGCAUCAACGUGGACGAGGACCAAAAGAAGUCAAUCAAAGCGCAAAUGUUUUCUUCUGAGUUUCGAUUCAAUGCUGAGCUAUCACUACGUAUCGCCUGCGGUGUGAUCAUUGCUUCGUUUAUCCAAACGCGUGACCCAGAAUACGACCCUUCCAUUCAACAUGCUAAGAAGUGGUUUUUCUUUCCAGAAUGGUACUACCUGGGUGGUCUCAGUUAUUGUGCUGUGGCAGUCAUCUUUUCUGCGGGGAAGAAUAUUGGUGCAACGUUGACUCAGGUCUGCCAGGCUUUCUAUGGUGUUGGAAUGGCUCUUGUGUACAACCUCGUGCUCUUCUUGUUCGUUGAUGUGCACACUUUUAACGACACAUACGAUGGCUACGUCUUGAUCUCAAAGGAGAUGUCUUUUAACGGGUCUCAGUAUUAUGUCAACUCGCAUAACUUUUAUGCCGUGCUGCCGUAUGUGGUAUUCUUUACCGUCGCUAUCCUGUUGAUGCCGCUGGAGACGAAUACGAAGAAGUUUGCGCUGGGCAACAACCUCUACUUCACGUUGACGAUUGUCAAUCCCACAGACCCGUUGGACUCGUCGAAGCUCAAGGCUACCGGUGACGACUACUUUGAGACGAGCAACAUCCUGAACAACCUUGCAACGUACUUCCUCGUGGGUUUUGUUGGCACUCUUAUUUCGCUGCUCAUCAUGUUCAUUCCGUACCCCAUUUUUGCGACUGCUAAGCUGCGCGAGGAAACAACGAAGGCUGCUAGUGAUGUUCUGGAUUUGCUAAAUGUCAUUGUGGACUCUUACUGCUUUAAGAAUAAGAACGUGGAUCACAUGAACUUCCUCAAACUCAAACUCCAGCGCAAGUUUGGUGCAGCAGCCGAGCGCCGCCGUCGGAUGCUUACAUUGUUAGAUGACGUGUGGUGGGAGCAGCUAUUUGGCUUCCAUUUCAUUUUCAAGUCCAACCGCUCCGUGUCAAAGGGAUACGUGCGGCUUAUCGGAUCUCUAAUUGCUGAUCUGCGGUCAUUAAACAAUGCCAUGCAACUUGAGCAAUACGACAAUUUGCACUUUAUGUACAUGAAGGUCCUUCAGCGUGAAAUCCAUGUCAUUCAAAUGCGAUCUGGGGAUCUACUUCACGAAAUUUCUGCAGAGAUUCAUUCGUCAUGUCAACAACUCGAUCUCCAGACUAUUGAACAGCUACAAAGGCAAGUGGAAAGCACUCUCCGCCAUUACCGAGAAGCCCAGAUUCAUUUGUUACAAUCACAGAAGAUCAAGAUGAAAGACGUUGAAGGUAACGUACCACUCAACCUGUUCCUCUUCUCGCUAAAUUCUUUCUGCAGUACUCUGAUCGAGUACCAAGACAUCCACAACAACAAGGACUUUGACGGCGCUCGUCGUGCGCGGUCAUUUGUGAAGGAAUCGAUCAAAAACUUUUUUAUGCUGCACCGGUACACUCGAGCACUGAUUCUGGAAGCUGCACGAGUAUCAGUUGCGAUUAUUCUGGGUACCUUGCUGGCCGUGUACAUAUACGGCUUCAGCUCUACUACGCCUUCAGCUGUAGCUUAUGUGAUGGGCACUCACAUUGGGGGUUCAUUCAGCGUCACGGUGAAUCGUGUCGGAGGUGUUGUGGCCGGCAGCGUCGUUCCCUCGGUAUUCCAGUUUUUUAUUUCCAAAGUUUGCAAUCCGCGAUUUCUGAACGUGUUCCUUUCCGACCUAGUGCUCUUCAUAUGGGUCACGAUAUCUAUGUAUGUGCAUUUUGUCCAAGGCUACAGCUCAUACGCUGGUUUGGUGUCUGCAUUCAUUGCCGCGACAGUGUUGCUUAGCCAAUCCGAUGUGUGCUAUGCCAACGGUUCUGACAGUUCAUCGACGAUCGCAAUCAGCUCGUAUUCGAGCCUCGCGCAGACAUCUGUGGGUCUGGUAUUGUUUAUCGUGCUGGAAAUAGCGAUGUGUCCCGAAAGCGCAACAAGUUUGCUGCGCAAGAACAUCCAACAGACACUCAAAUUACAGCAGAACGCUUUCAGUACUUUGUUUGGCCACCACCUGUCGAAUUCCGGAGAAAUGAGCGAUGAGACCAUGGAAGAAGUCCGUGAUAUUCUCCAAGUGCAAAUUCCUGCACAACUUGUGGAGCAACAGGCGUUGCUAAAGGAGGCUGAAGCCGAGCCGCAAAUGUGGCGGCCUGCGUUUUCGAAACAAAAGUAUGAGGCCGUGUUUGAUAGCACGUGCCGGCUGUUGAACAACAAUAACUUGCUGUUUAAACUCGUGCGUUGGUACAAAUUUCGAGCGAAGCAGAACUUGGCGCAGGAAAACGUGGUCGACAUUCGCGACACGAACACUGAAAAUGAGCGUGUGUUUGAUGCGAAGGGCGAUCGGACGACGCACGCAAAAUGGCAAGAGGCUAGUAACCAGUUCAUGUCUGCCGUCGAUGACACAUUCAACACGUUGCAAAUGCUUUUUGGCGAGUCCUUCUUGUACUCUGAUCCAGACCAAACGGCAAUUUUCAUGCAGAUGAAGGAAGCUUUUCGAGUGGCUGACAAGGACUGUAGUGGUGAGAUCGAUGCAGAGGAGGUAGCGGUUAUGCUGGAGACGAUCUUUGCUCAGUCAGGUGCAGUAAAACAUGAGGAGAUUACCAAGUACGUUGCGGACUUUAUGGAAAUUGUUGACAAAGAUUGCAGCGGCAAGGUGUCCUUCGAAGAGUUCAUGGAAGCUUUAGAAGAUGGUCUUAAACUUGAGGUGGAAGUUUAUCAUCGCCAAAGACCGAAGACUACAGCCCUCAAGAAGGUCUUAUCUAGAAUCAACGAAGACAGUCGCGCUGGAUCUCGCGGAAGUUGCAGCGUGACGGCUUCCGGCGAUACCGGCAUGUCAAAAAUCACGGGUAGUAUGGGUAACGAAAAUACCCCGAAGAUGUCUGGCCGAGUCGUGAGCGUUGUGUCUUCAUCACAAAAGACGCCACAGUGGUCUCCAGGUUUCAUGAAGCAGCCGUCAGCACUAAUGUCUUCUUCACCCAUUCGCCGUGAGCACGAUGUCCUAAAUGUCGAGGACUUUACCGCAAGUGAUAUCGCCGCUCAGAUGAAGUCUGCGUACGUGGAGUGGCUGAUGGAAGGACAGCGAUUCAAACGAGUAACGAUGGAAGAGCUAUUGCUGCUAAAUUGUUUGGUUAGCGGUGCCGAGGGUAUUGCAAAGAACUUGACGCUCUUGGAAGAAAUUGUCAUCUCUUCGUAG